CCCACCCCAUCACCCUCCUCGUCACCCUCCUCGUCACCCACCCCUGUCACCUGCCCCCCCCGUCCCCUGGCAUUUUUCCCGCCGCCAUGGCGGCGCAGGGGCCGGGGGCCCCGUGGGUGCCAAGGCGGGUGCCCGGCGUCCCCGCCGACUGCAGCAGCGACGACGCUCACGCCGUGGGCCGGGGCCCGUUGCCCGUCUUGCGCCAGGUGGCGGCCGCCUGCGUUUGCCCCCAGCUGCUGGGCGACCCCGCGCUGCCCGAGGUUGCCCGGCGGCGGGCGCGACGCGUCCUGGGGGAGAUGGACGCCGGCAACAUCGGGGGCUACAACCACGAGCACCGGGGGCUGGGGGUCCCCGCCAGGGUGGCCCGUUUCCUUCAGCGCCGCGACGCCGGCGUCCCCUGUCACCCCCGCAACGUCGUCCUCUGCAGCGGCACCUCCAGCAUCCUCCCGUUCGUGCUGUCGCUGCUGGUGGACGCGGGGUCGGCGGUGGCCACGGGGGUGCUGGUGCCGGUGCCGGGCCCCCCGCUCCUCGGGGGGGCCACGGGGCUGGCGGGGGCCGUGGCCGUGCCGUACCUGCUGGAUGAGGAGCGGGGCUGGGCCGUGGACGGCCGGGCGGUGCGGGAGGCGCUGCGGCGGGCGCGGGACACCUGCCACCCCAAGGUGCUCUGCGUCGUCAACCCCGGCGACCCCACGGGGCACGUGCUGAGCCGGCAGAACAUGGAGGACGUCGUGCGGCUGGCGGCCGAGGAAAACCUCCUGCUGCUGGCGGACGAGGUGCAGCAGGAACGAGCCUUCCUCCCCGGCCGCCCCUUCCUCUCCUUCAAGCGGGUGCUGUGGGAGAUGGGGGCCCCGCUCAGCUCCGCCGUCCAGCUCGUCUCCUUCUACUCCCUCUCCAAAAGCGUGGCCGGCGAGAGCGGUUUCCGCGCGGGGUUCCUGGAGCUGGUGAACGUGGAGGAAGGCGUCACGCUGCCCUUCCAGCUGGCCCAGUCCAUCCCCCGGCCCUGCGUCCUGGGGAGGAUCCUGCUGGAUGUCCUCAUGGACCCGCCGGAUGAGGGGGAUCCCAUCCAGCAGGCCCUGGAGGAGCACAGGCAGAGGCUGCUCCGGGACCUGGCCCACAACGCCCGGCUGGUGCAGGAGGUGCUGGGCCGGGCCCCCGGCAUCCGCUGCCGGCCCGUGCAGGGGGGUGCCCGCGCCUUCCCCCGCAUCCAGCUCCCGCCCCGCGCCCAGCGCCAGGCCCGGGCGUUGGGCCUGGAGCCCGAUGUCUUCUUCUGCCAGAAGCUGCGGGAGGCGACGGGGAUCACGGUGGCCCCGGGGAGCCAGUUUGGGCAGCCGGAGGGCACCCACCACAUCGUGCUGUCCCUGCUGCCACCGGCCGCGAUGCUGGAGCAGAUCCUGCUCGCCCUCACCCGCUUCCACGCCGCCUUCCUGCGCCAGUUCUCCUGACGCUGCCGCCCUGCCGGAACCCACCGCCGCGGCGUCCCGGGGUGGGGGGGGACACACGUGGCUGCGCCGGGGGGAGCCCAAGGAAAGGCACAAAUGGCAGACGGUGACCAUGGCAGCAUUUAUUGUCACCGCCACGAGGGGCGUUCGAUACCAUGGGGACCCAAUCCGGCUUCGGAGGAGACGCCCCGCGGUGUGGCCAGAUCCUGGCUGAUGCCCCACGGCUGAGCCCCGGUGACAUGGGGUGGCUUUGGGACAUUCCUCCAGUCCCCUUGGAGACAAUUCUGCCCGGCCCCGGGAGCGGCGAGACCACCUGAACUUUGAG